GUCUCGCGGUUACUGGGCCGGCGCGAGCACGCGAGGCUCGGGGGCGGCACGGGGCGGGAUUUAGCGUGUGGUGGGUGCUGCGGGUGUUUGCCAGUAGUUGCAGUACUCGCUGGGCUGAGGUCGUCUCGGGUGAGGAGGUCGCGCCGGAAGUGGCUCUGGCCGUGGCGCUUCGGCGUAGUAAGGAGCCUGCAACAGUUUUGUUGUUUAGGGGGCGCGGCACGGCACCGCUCCCUUCACCUUGCAGCAGCCAUGGCGAAAGGCAGAGUCGCCGAACGAUCGCAGUUGGGCGCUCACCACACGACCCCCGUGGGGGACGGGGCAGUGGGGACGCGGGGUCCCGCGGCGCCUGGCAGCAGAGACCACCAGAAGGAAAAAUCCUGGGCAGAAGCUGGAUCAGCAAGAAUGUCACUCCUUAUAUUGGUGUCCAUUUUCUUAUCUGCAGCUUUUGUUAUGUUUUUGGUAUAUAAAAAUUUUCCUCAGCUUAGUGAAGAAGAAAGAGUGAAUAUGAAGGUUCCCAGAGAUAUGGAUGAUGCCAAGGCUCUAGGAAAAGUUUUAUCCAAAUACAAGGACACCUUUUAUGUUCAAGUACUUGUAGCUUAUUUUGCUACAUAUAUUUUCUUGCAAACAUUUGCUAUUCCAGGCUCUAUAUUUCUCAGUAUACUCUCAGGGUUUCUUUAUCCCUUUCCACUAGCCUUAUUUCUUGUUUGUUUGUGUUCUGGACUUGGUGCCUCUUUCUGUUAUAUGCUUUCCUAUUUAGUUGGGAGACCAGUUGUAUACAAAUACCUAACAGAGAAAGCAGUAAAAUGGUCACAGCAGGUUGAACGUCAUAGAGAACAUCUCAUUAACUACAUUAUAUUUUUGAGAAUAACACCAUUUCUGCCUAAUUGGUUUAUUAAUAUCACAUCUCCUGUGAUAAACGUGCCGUUGAAAGUUUUUUUUAUUGGUACUUUUCUAGGUGUCGCACCUCCUUCUUUUGUAGCCAUUAAGGCAGGAACAACACUGUAUCAACUUACAACAGCAGGAGAAGCUGUUUCCUGGAACUCAAUAUUUAUUCUGAUGAUCUUGGCUGUUCUUUCUAUUCUGCCAGCCAUCUUCCAAAAAAAACUAAAGCAGAAAUUUGAGUAAAAAUAAUCAUCUGAUUUUUAGUUUUGCUGUCAUCACCAUCUCAGGAUUAACAGCUGCGACUUUAGGUGGGGUAUAUUUUCUUCUCCUAAGAGAAUAGACAGUUUUUCCAGAUUCAUCAUCAUUGACUGUCAAGAAAGGACCCUUCAGCAGGCUGUACCCUCAGUGCAGUUGAUGGCCUGUCUUCACAGAUUCACAGACUUGGCCUGAUGCCACAUGUAAAUUCAAGCUUUGGCUUGUGGUAACAACCACAAGAAGACAAGCAUCUGUGGUGCAGAGGCAAGCAGGCUAACUAGAAGUUGACAAGCUAAGAAAGUGAAACUUCUUUCUUAGUUAACGGUCUUUCUCUGGAGCUCUGUUAUUUUGAGUAUAUUUCCAUGACACUUAGUAAAUGCAAGCUAAAAUGUAAUAAUAAUAAAUUGUAUUGGAGAAACCUAAA